UACUAAAAUAAAAAAAAAUGGGCUAGAUAUGGGCCAAGAAGAGAACAUAAGGCCCAUAAUGAUGAUGGGCCCACAACCCCGAAGGCAUGUUCCCAAAAAAUCAGAGAAGCAGAUACCCGCGUAAUUUCGAAACCCCCGCACUUCGUCUUUCUCACAAUUCUAAAAUGGUUCCCAAUUUCGCUUUACCAUCAUCACCAUGAGCAGCAGAGUCUCUUAGUUAAUCCUAAACCGCGAACUCACAAUCCUUGAUCGAGUUUGUUAGUUCGUUCCUUAGUUAGUUAUUAUUCAAUCAAUCAAUUAGUUAGUUAGUUAGUUAGUUGUAGGGUUUUUACUUCCUUCAGCAGCUGCUCAUGGCAAAACGAAACGGCUUCGUUGUGAUCUCUUCCGACGAUGAAGGAGGAUCCGAGAAUCGCUCGUUGAAAGGGAGUAGAACCAGAAGCAGCACCAGAAACUGUAAGAGGCCGAAGUCGAGUUCGAGUUCAACAAGCUCACGUGGAAAGAAGAGGGCUAGAGAUUCUGCUUCUCGUUCUCGCCUCUCUAAGCUCCAUGAGAUCAGCUUAUUUGAAGAUGACUUCAAUGAUGUGUUCACAGGGUCAAAGGUAUCUGCUGGUACUAGGAGGAGCAUUGGAGAGGAUCUGUGGGUUGAUAAAUACAAGCCCCUUUCUGUGGAAGAACUUGCUGUUCACAAGAAAAAGGUUGAUGAAGUUAAGAUGUGGUUUGAUGAAAGGGUGAAUCCUUCAAAGGAUGUCAUCGGAAGUAAUGUUCUUGUCAUCACUGGACAGGCGGGAGUUGGAAAAUCCGCUACUAUUCAUGUAAUUGCAUCUCACCUGGGCGCAGUAGUAUGUGGAUGGGACACACCUACGCCUGUACUUUGGCAAGAGCAUCUUUACAAUUCUGGCGCAGGAGUAAAAUACACAUCCAAGUUGGAAGAAUUUGAAACUUUUGUUGAGAGAAUACGGAAAUAUGGAGUAAUGUCAGCUUCUCUUACAAGCGAGUCAAAGCCAUCUGUCAUACUUUUAAUAGAUGACCUUCCCUUGACAAAUGGGAAAGCUGCUUUCGGAAGGCUUAAAGAUUGCUUGCACCUUUUAGUGCGCUCAGCUCAGGUACCCACAGCAAUAUUGUUCACCGACUAUGGCAAUACUGAUUCAGCAGAUCCCAAUGCGCGAAACCUGCAUGAACUUCAGCUAUCUCUAGAGAGUUCUGGGGCUUGUAAGGUGGCAUUCAAUCCAAUCACUACUAAUUCUAUUAAGAAGGUUCUCUUUAGAAUACAUGCAAUUACUUCGUUACAGUUUUUCUGUCUGAAACCAAAUCAAGUCCCUUCCUUUUCUCAAUCCGCUGAUGCUCUUGGUCCAUUACAAGAUCACAGUAAUACAUCUGAAGGAUUAGAGGAUGGAUAUUCAUUGAAUUUUGGCAGAGAUGAGACACUUAAUUUAUUUCAUGCCUUGGGGAAGUUUCUACACAAUAAGAGGGAGGCUGGUGCUGCAGUAAACUAUGACCAACAUGGCUUUCAUAUACAAGAAAGAUUUUCAAGAUUACCUUUAAAAAUGGAUGUCCCAGAGAAGAUUCUUUCUCAAGCCCAUGUACAGCCGGGACAGGUUGCUGAUUUUCUGCAUGAAAAUGUUCUGGAGUUUGUGGAUGAUGAAGCAAUAGAUGAUGCAUGUACCGUGUCUACAUAUCUAGGUGAUGCAGACAUCCUUCUUUCUAAACUUCGGGGAACGCUAUCUAGUUAUAAUGAAGCAGAGAGCAUGCUGCAGUCAGCUGCUGCAUCAAUUGCUGUGCGCGGGGUUCUGUUUGGAAAUUCUCAUGUAGUAUCAUCUAGGUGGCAUGCAAUUCGUAGACCAAAUCUCUGGCAGGUUGAGAAAUCAUCACUUUACAACAAGGAUGAGUUGUUUAGAUUGAGAGACUCUGAUUGGAAAUUGAGUUCUUAUAAUACAUCUGUUAUGGCCAUGGAGUACAUGCCUAUGCAAAAACUGCUUGGAGAUAGGGCAUGUUAUCAGGAUUCAGUGCAGGACUUGGAUAUGGAAGAUGUUGAUGUUGACAAAAUGAAUUUAGAUGCCCAAGAAGAUGAUGAUGAUGACAUAGAAGAUUGGUAGAGAUUCUACAAUUAAGGAGGUUGACAUUUUAUUGUCGAUUCAAGGACUAUGGGGAAUGAUAAGUUGUGAGUAGUUUUUGUUAUCACUGUGAUGUAACAACAUACGUGUCAAGGUGGUAAAGUGUUAGUCCAAUUUCCUGGAUUAAAUUUUCGGUCUGGGAAAACCAUUGUAAAUAUCAACUUUUAUUUUAUGAAAGUGUUUUUAUUAUAUCCAAGUUCAUGGAACAAAUAGGGAUCGAUAGAAAAAUGUUCUAUCAUUUGUCAAGGUGGUAAAGUGUUAGUCCAAUUUCCUGGAUUAAAUUUUCGGUCUGGGAAAACCAUUGUAGAUAUCAACUUUUAUUUUAUGAAAGUGUUUUUAUUA